AAUACAAAUGGAUCCAACGAAGUGUCUUGUUUCUCACAACUCACAAAGUGUAAAUAUGUGAAUCAAAUGCCGAAAAUCUCUCCAUCUAAUUCCUCACAUUCUCUCUCUCUUCCUCUUCCACCAACAACUCUUUUCCUCUGUUUUUCUCUCCAAUAUCAAAAACUCUGGGGUAACCGCAAGAAAAAACAUAAAACAUAAAACCUUAAAUCACAUCCUCAAAAACCCCAACCCCAUUAUGCUUUCUCUCACAUCCUCACAAUGUUCUUUUCUCUUCCUUCUCUUCUUUCUCUUACUCUCUCUCUCCACCAACGCUAAAACCUCUCCUUUUCAUUCCGAACAUAUUCCAGAUGGUGUUGAGGUUGAUGCUCAGGUGUUACCAUGGAAAACGAGGAGAUCUAUGGCGGAAGCUGCUGUUUUGCCUAACGCGUCUUUGAUAUUGGCUCAAGAAAGGACUACAAGAAAGGACCCUCUUGAUCAUUUCAACCUUUACAAAGGUGGUUGGAAUAUCAGCGAUCAACAUUACAUUGCUUCUGUUGUUUUUACUGCAGUCCCAUUCUUUAUUAUUGCUGCAGUUUGGUUUGUGAUUUUUGGGCUUUCUUUAUCCUUCAUAUGCUUGUGUUACUGCUGUUGUCCAAGACAGCCUUAUGGCUAUUCACGUGUGGCCUAUGCUUUGUCCUUGAUCCUCCUAAUCCUCUUCACCCUUGCAGCAAUAGGUGGAUGUAUUGUACUUUACACUGCUCAAGGAAAGUUUCAUGGGAGCACCUCGAAUACGCUGGAAUAUAUUGUGAGUCAAGCUGACUUCACUGCUGAAAACCUCAGGAACGUGUCAGAUUAUCUUGGUGCGGCUAAGAAUAUUGGAGUCGAUGCUGUUGUUUUACCGUCUGAUGUUCAGAAGAACAUAGAAAAUAUAAAAACAAAAAUUAAUGCAGCUUCUGUGGAACUCUCCAACAAAACUCAUGAAAAUUCGAAGAAAAUACAGGAUGGCUUAGAUGGAAUGAGAUUGGCUCUAGUUAUUCUUGCUGCUGUUAUGCUCUUUCUUGCUUUUCUCGGAUUCUUAUUUUCAAUAUUAGGGAUGCAAGGUCUUGUAUACUUUUUGGUAUUUGUCGGAUGGUUUCUUGUUGCCGGCACAUUUAUACUAUGUGGUGUAUUUCUUUUUCUUCACAAUGUUGUUGGGGAUUCAUGUGUUUCCAUGGACGAGUGGGUUCAGAACCCAACUUCACAUACCGCAUUGGAUGAAAUUCUUCCAUGCGUGGACAAUGCAACUGCGCAACAAACAUUGUUACAAAGCAGGGACGUUACGAGCCAACUAGUUUUAUUGGUUGACAAAGUCAUUAACGGUGUCACAAACCGAAACCACCCACCUCAAGCUGGAGCUGUGUAUUACAAUCAAUCGGGACCCCUCAUGCCUGUUCUGUGCAAUCCUUAUAACACCGACCUCACUGUUCGACAAUGCGGUCCCAACGAAGUUGCACUUGACAAUGCUACUCAGGUUUGGAAGAAUUAUAUAUGUGAGGUUUCUCCUGCAGGCAUUUGCGCGACGCCUGGUCGAAUGACCCCGGGCAUUUCUGCCCAAAUCGAAUCUGCUGUCAAUGUAAGCUAUGCCUUAUAUCAUUAUGUCCCAUUCUUGAUUGAGCUACAAGACUGCACUUUUGUCCGUAAAACAUUCACCGACAUAAGCAGAGAUUAUUGUCCCGGCUUGCGCAAAAACAGUCGAUGGAUUUACAUUGGACUAGUAACAGUUUCUGGUGGCGUAAUGCUGUCGAUGAUCCUUUGGGUUGUUUACGCGAGAGAGCGACGACACCGAGUUUACACAAAACAGUUCAUUGCUGGAUAAAAUUAUAUACUUAUAUGUUGAGACUUGAAAACAUCAUUAGAUACAAUAUGAGUCUCGUGUACAUUUGAGUUUAGAUUGUUUUUCGAGAUGAGUUGGGUAUGUUAUUUUUAUGUGAUGUAAAGUUAUUUAUCUUACAAUUACCCAUAUACUUGAUCAGAUGUAUGAAAAGGGAUUCAAGGAGUUAAAAGUUUAAUGCUUUA